AUGGCCUUGACUUUACUUACCCUCGGCCUUUGGGCGUCGACCGCGCUCUCACAGACGAGCUCAAGUGUAUUUGACUUUCCUGAAUAUCCUCCGCCUGGUACCCCGGACCCGAACUCUACCCUGGGACAGUCUGUUUCGGCCCUCCCUUAUGGCAUUGGGAACGACUCCCAGCUCUCCCAAGCUCGCAUUCAUUAUGAUACUGGUACAUUUGGCCCUCAAAUUGAGCUCGUCCACGCGUAUUACAACUAUUGGCCUACGGGUGUUGGGGUAGCUAGUGACGGAACAAUCUUCACUUGCUUCCCCCGUGGGAAUGAAACCUUCACCUUGGCAGUGUUCAAUAGCUCAACAUCAGAGGCUGCUUGGCCGAAUGAGGAGUGGAACACUCCCCCUGCCUUCGCCAACGUCAGCAACCCCGGAUAUAGUAUCGCAACUGACAAGCUUAUCUUUGUCCAAUCUGUCGUCGUCGAUGGAAUUGAUCGCGUGUGGGCACUCGACACAGGCCGUCCCCGAGUCAACGGAACAUACCUUUUGGCCGCAGUCCCAGGAGGCCCCAAGCUCGUCGGUUUUUAUCUGAAUGGAACGAGCUUCGUCACAUAUACCUUCCCGGACUACGUCGUAUAUGCUGACUCCUCCAUCAACGAUGUGCGCUUUGACCUGCGGGGUGGAGGGUACGCGUACAUCACAGACAGUUCUCCAUAUCAUCCAGCCCUCGUUGUUGUUGAUCUAGCUACUGGGGAGUCAUGGAGACACCUGGACGGUCACGUCGCUGUUACGCCUGACCCGAACUUUGUGCCCGUCUAUGAUGGGGUUCCGUUCUACUACCAUCCCAUUAUCCCUCCAAACGCUAUUCAAUUUAUGUCUGCGUUCGCAGCAGACGGUAUUGCGCUCUCUGCAGACGGCGAAUAUAUCUAUGUGACACCUCUCACCAGCCGCCACUUGUAUCGCGUCCCGACAUCGUACCUCAAACAACAACCCUCCUCGGUCAACCCGUACGCAGCUCUGCUCGCACAUGAAGCCGUGCAGACCCUAGGCGAAUUCGGUGGACAUGCAGACGGCCUCGAAACAGAUAGCACCGGUUACAUUUAUGUGGGCUCACAAGAGCACAAUGCUAUACAUCGAUACAAUGCCACGACGGGAAUAGUUGAGCCCUUCAUCCGCUCCCCAUUCAUCCAGUGGGCCGAUACGUUAUCUGUAGUCACGCUGCAAAAUGGUGGAGGAACCUACUUGUACUUUACAUCUAACCAGUUAUGGCUCGCACCUGACUAUCAGAAUGGCACGGAUUUGCGCACCAAGCCUUACGCGAUGUUCCGAGUGCCGACUGUGGGUGGGCGUGCCACACAGACAGAUUAG